AUGAUCAAAGCACCGUCUCACCACCAGUACCAAGAUCUGGAUAUUGAUGAGCGUGUCAAACGUGUACUGCUGACUACACCUCUGAUUGAUGGACACAAUGACCUUCCACAACAGCCUCGCGCCAUCACCAAGGGCAAAAUAUACAACAACCCCAAUUUCCAAUUCGAUAAACACUUCGAGAGGGGUAUGACUGACAUUCCCCGUCUCCGAGAAGGCGCAGUGGGCGGACAAUUCUGGUCUGUAUGCGUGCCGUGUCUGCGCUCAGCAGAGAAUUUCUCCACGCCCGAGUAUUCAGACAUGGCUAGGGAUGCGAUCGAACAAAUUGACUUGACCAUCAGACUGGUGGAGCAUUAUCCAGAGACGUUUACCUUAGUGGGUGAGCCUGACGAUGUGCUGGAGGCCUAUAAGGCAGGCAAGAUCGGCUGUUCGAUCGGUAUAGAAGGACUUCACAUGGCGGGUAACAGCAUUGGCAUCAUUCGAGCAUUUUAUCGGUUAGGUGUGCGAUAUUGCACGUUGACACAUGUAUGCAACAAUGCAUUCGCGGAUAGCUCCACCUCGAAGAUUGGUCCCGUGCACGGGGGUCUCUCAAAGCUCGGGCGUUCUGCCAUUGUUGAGAUGAAUCGACUCGGCAUGAUCAUUGAUCUGUCUCAUGUGUCCGAGGACUGCGCGAAACAGACUUUGCAGCUAACUCGUGCGCCUGUCAUGUUCUCGCAUAGCAACGUCAGGGGCGUCUUUGAUUGCGCAAGGAAUGUGCCGGACGAUGUGCUGGACAUGGUCCCCGCGAAUAACGGAAUCGUGAUGGUUACCUUUGUUCCAGAGCAUGUUGCAACCCGGAGACGCGAUGCCACCAUGGAGCAUGUCCUUGAUCACCUGUUCUACGUCGCCAACCGCAUUGGUUGGGAUCAUGUUGGAGUGGGCUCGGACUUUGAUGGUAUCGCUUCUGUGAUACCAGGUUUGGAGGAUGUCAAGUGUUUCCCGAACCUGCUCAAAGCCAUCCUCGACCGGGGAGCCACGGAGGAGCAGUUGAAGAAAGUCAUGUCGGAGAACAUUUUGAGGGUCUGGCGUCGCGUCUCCUCCACGAGGAACUUGAUGGCUGAAGAGGGUGUGCUGCCGAUUGAAGACGUGUGGGAAGGCCGCCAAUGGUGGCGGUACGAUGGCUUUUAUCAGAUGCCUGACCCUGACCCAGAAGACAAGCUGGGUCUUGAUUGGUAUGGUGUUCCAGCUCCAGAAGAAGGCCUUUACCCGAAGGAAUAG